UGUAGGAGAUUAAAAACAAAAAAAAUAACUUAAAACCGAACCGAUAUCCAGAUUAAACAGAUUUAAUGUAUUUUUAUUAAAAAUAAUGAAACUAAUAAUCACAUUCCGCGCGAGGCGCGGAUUAUUACCUAGUGAAAAAUUAAAAGCUAAUCAAUUUGCCUUUCAGACUUUCACCUCAUCACUUAAUUAUAGCUAUAACUCCUUACCGUUUCAGUCUCUUCAAGUUCACAGUUCCUUCGUGUAUAAAAAACUCUUCUCCACUACAACUCUUCCACCACAAUUUUUCCAAGUUCAAAAUGUCGACCUCACUUCUCCUCGUCACUCUCUUCUUCUUGUCCACAGCUAUCUCUUCAUCCACUAGCCCUAACCACUUCAUAGUCAAGCUGAUCCACCGUGACUCUCCUCGUUCCCCACUCUACAACCCACAAGCCACCGCCACCGACCGUCUCAACGCCGCUUUCCUCCGCUCCAUCUCUCGUUCCCACCGCUUCAACCACCAACCCCAAGCCGAUCUCCAGUCCGGUCUAAUAGGAGCGGGAGGCGAGUUCUUCAUGAGUAUCACCAUCGGCACUCCACCAACGAACGUCCUCGCGAUAGCCGACACAGGAAGUGACCUAACUUGGGUCCAAUGCAAACCGUGUCAAGAAUGUUACAAAGAGAACGGUCCAAUCUUCGACAAGAACAAGUCUUCCACUUACAAGAACGAGCCUUGCGACUCACGUCACUGUAACGCUUUAUCUACAACCGAACGAGGAUGCGACGAGUCAAACAACGUAUGUAACUACCGUUACUCGUACGGAGACCAAUCGUUCACCAAAGGAGACGUUGCGACAGAGACUAUCUCCAUUGGGACAGCUUCAGGGUCCCCUGUCUCUUUCCCCGGAACUGUCUUCGGUUGCGGCUAUAACAACGGUGGAACCUUCGACGAGACUGGUUCAGGGAUCAUCGGUCUCGGUGGUGGUCAGCUAUCUCUAGUUUCACAGCUUGGUUCGUCGAUUUCAAAGAGAUUCUCUUAUUGCUUGUCCCACAAGUCAUCUACAAUGAAUGGCACAAGCGUCAUAAACCUAGGAACAAACUCGAUACCUUCCGGUACAAGUAAAGACUCCAGCGUGUUAUCCACACCAUUGGUUGAUAAAAAGCCUCAGACAUACUACUACUUAGCCCUAGAAGCCAUCUCCGUCGGCAAAACAAAGAUUCCGUACACCGGAAGCUACGGAACAUCCUCGGCGACAACCAAGGGAAACAUCAUCAUCGACUCAGGAACUACACUGACGCUUCUUGACUCUGGUUUCUACGACGGGUUUGGCGCGGCGGUGGAAGAGUCCGUGACUGGAGCCAAGCGUGUGAGUGAUCCACAGGGGCUUUUGUCACACUGUUUCAAGUCAGGAAACGCGGAGAUUGGUUUGCCGGAGAUAACUAUGCAUUUCACCGGCGCUGACGUGAAGCUGAGUCCUCUCAAUGCGUUUGUGAAAGUGAGUGAAGAUAUGGUUUGCAUGAGUAUGAUUCCGACCACUGAGAUUGCCAUCUAUGGGAACUUCGCUCAGAUGGAUUUUCUGGUUGGGUAUGACUUGGAGACGAGAAGGGUGUCGUUUCAACGAAUGGAUUGCGCUGCUGGUUUGGGACUUUAAACGGCUACAGGCUUCGUUUUAUAUUAUCCAUAAUUAUUAAUAUCAUAUGAGGACUGUGUUAUGGAGAUAAUAAAAUCAUAAACAGAAUUUUAAAUAAAUGUGACACCAUUCUUCUCUUUGAUAGUUGUGACUGAAUGAAACUAGCCCCAAAGUAUAACUUUGGAAAAUAUGAAAAACAAAGAAUUAGAAAAUUAUUCAGAUUCUUUAUAAAAAUAUUAGUCUACAAUGGUAUAUACAUUUUAGUUCAUAUUCAGAAAAUACACUCCAUAAUUACUAAUACUAUUUAUGGGGAUAUAUAUAUAAAAUCAUAAUCCAAGUUUUUAAUAUGGGACACCAUUCUCUAUAGUUUCUCUUUGAUAGUUUCCGACUGAAACCAGCUCAAAAUAACAUGGAAUAUACAGAAAUUUAUUCAGAUCUUUCUUAUAAAAAUAUUACAUUGUUUCUACAAUAAUCAUAUACAUUUUAGUUUCAAAUUCAGCUCAAACGAAAAGUUUUAAUCAAUACAAGAAAGAUCAUAAAAAAAAAACUCAAAGCAAAAAAAUACAGAGAGAGAAUCUGAAAAUGAAUGGCUUGAUCAACCUUGUGAUAUAUAAAACAGAAAUCGAAAUGGAGAAGACAGAGACCUGUGAAUGUGAUCAAU